CAAGGACCCAGGAGGACCCUCCCUCCUAGUGCUGCUGUCUUUCCUUUUUUUCGUCGAAGAUUCUGCUGUUGAAUUAAACUUGGAAAACUUUUUUGCUAUAUACUUGCUAUCUGCACAAAAGUAAAAAUACAACGUGAUAACUCACGGCAGGCUAUCUACCAUAUCCGCACAGUGUGAUUUUGUGAGCAUUAACCAAACCCACACAGUGGCUUAAACAGUAUCUCAGAGUUACGCAAAGGAGGAGAAGAAGAUUCUCAGUGCACAAUGAGGUUUCGCUGUAAAAUUGUGGAUAUCAGCUGUCUGAAUCACUUCACUAGGGUUGUGAACACAAUAAAUAAACUGGCCAAGUCCUGUAUCCUGCGGCUUACUAUAGACAACCUUUACUUUAUUCUCACUGAUAAAGUUGCCAACGGAGGAGUCAGCAUGUGGUGUGAGCUAUGCCAGGGUAACUUCUUUGAUGAAUAUCAGAUGGAAGGGGUAUGUGCAGAACAAAAUGAGAUUUACUUAGAACUGAUUCCUGAAAACCUUUCUCGGGCAUUAAAAUCUGCCCAGAAUGCCAAAACAGUGAAAAUAAAGCUCACAAACAAGCAAUGCCCUUGUCUUACUGUGGCAGUAGAGUUGCCCUCCUUAUCAAUCACCAGCCGUAUUGUUACACACGACAUUCCCGUCAGUGUUAUCCCGCGGAGGCUGUGGAAUGAAUAUAGAGAACCAAGUGUACCAGACUUUGACGUCAGCAUUUACUUACCAGCACUGAAAACCAUGAAAAGUGUUGUGGAGAGAAUGAAGAACUUAAGUAAUUACAUAGUGAUUGAAGCCAAUCGAAAUGGAGAAAUUAACUUAAAAAUAGAAACUGAUUUGGUGUCCGUUUCAACUCAUUUUAAAGAUCUGGGAAACCCACCCUGGCUUUCUGACGAUGCUUCUCAGUGUACCACUCAAGAAAUGGAACUGAACAAGAUGGCUGAAGCCAGGGUGGAUAUUCGUAAACUUUUGCAGUUUCUUGCUGGUCAGCAAGUGAACCCCACAAAAGCUGUUUGUAAUAUCAUUCAUAAACGUAUGGUGCACUUUAUUUUGCUACAUGAAGAUGUGUCCCUGCAGUAUUUCAUACCUGCUAUUUCUUGAAUCUUAAAUCUAAGCAACUGUUGCCAAACUGGAAAAUGAUGUCUCGAAUGAAUUUCCAUGAUAGAAGAAAAUAUACUGAUUUCAAAAUUUAUGUUGAAUGUAGUGUGAUGAUAUCUGUAAAUUCAAUGUUAAUCUCCAAGUGAAGUUCUAUAGUAUUAAAUAGUAAGGAUGCAUCAAAAGUGAUAUUGUGGCUUUGUUUUAUAGAAUAAGGAUGACCAUACAAUUUAAGGUGGGAGAAAAUGGAAAGUGGCAUGAGAUACCACUUUUCUCAGGGGCCAUAUUGCACAAGUCUUUGAAACCCAAGCUUACAGAUUACUCUGUUACUAUGGCAAAGUCUAAAACUGUUAAGUGAGGAUUAUAGUUGUCGGCUACAAGAUGACAGUUUGGGACGUCUGUAAUUUAAUUGGAAAUA